GUCGCGCGGGCGGGCUGUGGCGGGGAGGCGAAGGAGCUGGAGGGGCAGCUGGAGGGGGUGUGCGCGCGGCUGCGCGAGCUCGACGGCGUGAGGGCGCUGGCCGCGUCCCGCGUCCUCAACCUCAUGGGGGGGAAGAUGGACAUCUCUACCAGCGAGGAGGUCCUGGAGGCCAUCCAGCAGCUGGAGCGCCUCGCGGAGCUGUCGGACGCCAGCAGCCUCUCGGCGGCCCUGGCGGAGGGCGGCGGCGGUCCUGCGGCGGCGGCCCCCCCCGAGCUCGCGGAGGCCGAGCGCGCGGAGCUCGUGGCGGGGCGCGCGGUGGAGCUGCUGGAGAGGGCGGGCCAGCUGGUGGAGCCCGAGCUGCCCGAGCCGCAGCGGCUCCUGGCGGAGCAGCUGCAGCAGUGCCUGGAGGAGGCCCGCGAGGCCGGGCUGCGCACACGACAGGACUCCGUCAGCGCCCCGCCGCCGCCCAUCGACGACGACAGCCCGCACGCGCAGGCCGCGCGCCUGCCGGCCGUGGCCGCCCUGGCGGAGGCGGCGCGCGACGCGCGGGCGGGCCUCGGCGCCUCGGAGGUGAGGCGCCGGAUGCACCGGCCCGAGCCAGUGGGCCUCGGAGUGCUGCUGGAGGCGCUGCGCGGCGCGGUCGGCCUCGCAGGGGCGGACCCUCUGGACAUCGCCGGCGUCGCCGACGAGGUGGCGGUGGUGCAGCCGGGCGACGCCAUCAUUCUCCCGUGGGCGGGUGCAGGAUGCGAGGCGCUGGCCUCGCGGCUGGCGGAGGCCGCUGGCCGCGGGGCCGCCGCCGCGGUGCUCUUCGGGGCACCCGCGGAGGAGGCCACGCGGGCCGAGGCCGAGCGAGCCCUGGCCGUGGAGGCGACGCUGGGUCCCAUCCGCGACGAGGCCGCGCGGAUCUCGGCGGCGCUGCUGGACGAGCGGAAGGCGAGGAAGCUGCAGGAGCCUCGUAGAUAA